AUGCCAUCCCGUACCGCGGACCCUGUGAGCGAACCCCCAUCGGCAAGACCACCAGACACCAAUCCGGCACGAUCGAAAUCCUCCAAAGCUCCAGGCAGUCCCACGAAGAGAGAGGACAAGCCCAAAGCGCAAGAUGUGGCAGAACUUAAGGACUACCAAUUGGGGGACUGUUUGGGCAGGGGUGCGUUUGGUUCCGUCUAUCGAGCCCUCAAUUGGGGUACUGGUGAAACAGUCGCCGUCAAACAGAUAAAGCUGGCAGACUUGCCCAAGAGCGAAUUGAGAGUGAUUAUGCUGGAGAUUGAUUUGCUCAAGAACCUGGACCAUCCAAACAUUGUCAAAUAUCACGGCUUUGUCAAAACUCCCGAGACCUUGAACAUCAUUCUGGAAUACUGCGAGAAUGGCUCCCUACACUCAAUAUCCAAGAAUUUCGGUCGAUUCCCAGAAAAUCUCGUUGGCCUGUACAUGUCCCAAGUUCUACAUGGCUUGUGCUACCUGCACGACCAGGGUGUUAUUCAUAGAGAUAUCAAAGGUGCCAAUAUCUUAAACACCAAGAAUGGCCUCGUCAAACUGGCCGAUUUCGGUGUUGCUAGCAGAACGACUGGCCUGCAUGAAUCCAGUGUCGUCGGUACACCCUACUGGAUGGCUCCAGAAGUCAUUGAGUUGACCGGAGCUAGCACCUCAUCUGAUAUCUGGAGUUUGGGAUGCACAGUCAUUGAGCUACUCGACGGCAGACCUCCCUACUACAAUCUUCAGCCCAUGCCUGCUCUAUUCCGAAUCGUGAACGACGAUCACCCACCACUUCCUCAGGGUGCUUCACCCGUAGUUAUAGAUUUCCUCAUGCAGUGCUUCCAGAAGGACCCGAAUCUCAGAGUUUCAGCUAAGAAGUUGUUGAAGCACCCGUGGAUAGUAAACGCUAGAAGAUCUGAUACUGAGGUUGCCAAAAAUGCUACAGAUUACCAGGAGGCUGUCAAGAGUGUUCAGCAAUGGAAUGAAGCUCUCAAAGACUCCCCUAAUGGACAUACGAUCCGGAAGAACUCCACUACCUCCUCUUCUGACAGUCCCGUGCCAGGUGUAAGGGACAUCUUGAGACCCCUAAAAUCACCUACAAAGCAGCCACCUCUCAACGGCAGGUCGAGAGAUGCCACCGAACGUUUUCGUUCUGCUGACGACGACGAUAGCGACAAUUGGGACAACGAUUUCGCUACAGCAAUUGCUCCAGGUGCUCUGCAUCUCCCUCACCUCAAACCGAUCGACAACUUUGGUGGUAUGCUAUCUGCUGAUCGUCUGAAAGCAUUCGCUGCCAUUGACCUGCCACUAUCACAUCAAAAUGAAAGACACGAUGAAAAUGUGGCGACUCUUAAGCCCAUCCAGAGACUUACAGAGAACGAUGACCUAAAGACUGUUAAGAUUGCUGCAAAACUUUCCAACCCACAGCACAAACACAACAGAAACAAAUCCGAGGCACCGAAACCACGGACGAUUGUUCCACAGACUACACGAAAAGUCUCACUACCAACAUCUAUAUCAACUGCGACUCCAAAACAUAAAAACAUCGAGCUGAAAGCCACUCCUCAGCCCAAAACGAAAACACUAUAUAGAGAAAGCUCUAUCGAAGACUACUCGGACAUUAUAGAAGGAAACGAAUCCAUUUUAGACUCGAGAUUAAAUGCACUGAAGCCACAAAAAGAAAAUGUUCCAUCCAAAGUCAUAGACUCCCCUACUGUGACGGACCUGAUGAAGAGCAUGAAGCUUACAAACGGUACUGUAAGCUCUCGUAAGCCCACGGAAGGCCGGAAGCGUGGUCCUAUGAGGAGGACAAGGUCCUCAGUUGAGAUACAGAAGUUUGCUGAGAAUGAGGACGAUGAAGAUUUCUCUGACGUCUUUGGCCACCCUGAAGCAGCUGCGACCCCUGUAGCCCGUGAUGCCUCAAGUGGCUCGGAUCCUCUCACACUCAACUCAAAGAUUUCUAGCCAGUCCUGGUUGGGCGAAGACGGCGAUGAGGAUGAUCCAUUCGCCUCCCUCGAGGAAGGUCUUCCAGAAGGCGAUCUUGAGUCAAACAUCGCUCGCGACAAACACGCUCGAAUGCGGAACGAGGUCGAGAUGCUGGUUGGACAAUUGAAAGUUGUCGGCAACGAAGAGGAUGCCUUGCUACAGAUAUUAGAAGAGCUAAUACACUGUUUCGAACAUUUCUCGGAAACAAAGAGUGUCAUCGUUAGCGCUCACGGGCUAUUACCAAUGCUCGAGAUACUCGAAGAUUGCACACGCUUCGAUAUUAUACUCAACCUGCUGAACAUCAUCAAUACUAUCAUAUACAGCGACGAGGAUGUCCAGGAGAAUCUUUGUUUUGUCGGUGGUAUCCCUAAGAUCUUAGUAUUUGCAUCCAAACAAUUCCCAAGAGAGAUCAGACUCGAAGCAGCAGCAUUCGUACGGCAGAUGUACCAGACAACGACGUUGAUUCUGCAAAUGUUUGUAAGUGCUGGAGGUCUCAAUGUGCUUGUCGAUUUUCUGGAAGAUGAUUAUGAUGAAGACCGUGAGCUCGUCUUGAUUGGUGUGAAUGGUAUCUGGAGUGUGUUUGAGCUUCAAGGUUCAACACCUCGCAACGACUUCUGCCGAAUCUUGUCACGCAGUUCGGUGCUCGAACCUCUAAGUCAAGUCCUUGCUAGAGUAUUGAAUGAACCUGCAGACUCUGGCGAGCAGCGAGAGCUGGCCGAAUUGUGUGAAGGUCGCAUAUCCAGCAUCUUCUUCAUCUUCUCACAGGCUGAAAAUUAUGUCAAGGAGAAAGUGGCAGAAAGGUCGGUUCUGCAUAGACUGCUCAAAAACUUGAAAAAGAUGUCCCCCGUGCACCAGAUAACGAUGCUGAAGUUCAUCAAGAAUCUUUCCAUGUUGGAAGCCAGAUGGGAAACCCUGGCAAAUUCCAAUGCCAUCGACGUGCUCGUGGAAUUAUUGAGUGAAGGUCUCAAACAGCCACAUUUUCGCGAACUCUCGAACCAGAUUCUGGGCACCAUAUACAAUCUUUGCCGAGUUUCAAAAAGACGGCAGGAGGACGCGGCACUAGCUGGAAUCAUACCCGUACUCAUCAAUAUCGCUAGGCAGGACAAGACUCCAGUACGGCAGUUCGCGCUUCCCAUACUCUGCGAUAUGGUGCAAGCUGGCAAGGCUGCACGUAGAGAGCUUUGGCAAAACAAAGGUCUUGCCUUCUAUGUCUCGCUUCUGUCAGACACGUACUGGCAAGGUACGGCGCUCGACUCAAUCUUUGUGUGGUUGCAGGAAGAGACCGCUCGGGUACAGGACCAACUACUUGACAAUCAAAACUUCACUAAAGCUGUCGUCAAAGCCCUAACGACAAGCAAAUCUGUCUCCUUUGAAAACUUGCUUGAACCUCUAAAGAAGUUGUUACGCUUAUCGCCAGCUCUAGCAGAACAGAUGGCUUCAAGUCCCGAGCUCUUCGAAAGCAUCGGUCAGAAAUUACAGCAUAGCAAGCCAGCUAUCAGGCUCAACUUACUCCAUAUCAUUAGCAGUAUUCGCGACGCAACUGAAAGCGGGUCGUUCUUGCUUGAUCAGCACGGCCUCUACGAUGUUGUCAGCGAUCUCCAGUUCUCAGACCCAGCAGUACUGGUACAGAGCAUGGCUCGCGAGCUCAUCCGAUCGUGUGAAGAAAUGGAUAAUAUAUCCAACUACAGUGAUCCACGAGCCAAUAUCAGUGUUCCAAGCCGCAAUGGCCGUAGACCAGUCAUGAUCCGGCGACAGAGCUCGAGCACAACACCGCCACACCUGAUCGAGCGACAAAUUAUACCAACGUCACCACAACUCUCGCGCCCCUCAAUCAACUAUUACGAUGGCUCCGAAAGAGUCGCACAAACACCCAGACGUCAGCGAAACGGCAUAGGCUACACAACCGGUGCUAACGGCAUCCGCCCAGUCAGCCGCGACGGCUCAACAACAUACAUCCGCGAAAGUUCACCAGCCCUUCCAGCCCUGACACGCGCACACACCUCCACAACAUCCCUAAGCGACAUGACCGUCAGUCGAAGCCGCCUCCCUCGCCAAUCCGCAGCACACAGAUUAUCAAGACAAUCAACGCGUGAACCUAUGAACGGCAACAACCCCCUCAAAGACGGCGGCGGGGCUAAUACCCCCACUUCCCUGACACCCGUUGCUGAAACGAGGCGGAAGGAGAAUAUCCCUAGUGGUGAUGGAGCGGCAGGCAGAGAACGCAUCCGUCAGCAGAGGAAUGUCGAGAUAUCGCAGGCGCCGUCGAGAAGGGUACCACCGACGACGAGGCGUCAUAACACGGUGCCGCCGUCGGACGAGGGUUGGGCUUAG